AUGCCAAACUUGACGGAAAGUACGGAUACCCCUUUAGGAAUUAUUACAGAUGUAUAUAGCAACCUAUCAGCCAACAAUGGAAGUAUUGUGGACGAUGAAUACGUGAUCGAAUAUGAGUUAAAACAUCCAAGUAUCGGAAUCAUUUUAGCUUCAUUUAGUUUUAUUACCAUAGUGGGCAAUAUCAUGGUUAUGAUUGCUGUAUAUAAAGAAAUUUAUUUACGAACCGUGACCAAUUAUUUUAUAGUUUCUCUGGCAGUAGCAGAUUUAAUGGUGGGUGGAAUUGUGAUGCCAUUUAGUAUCAGUCAUGAAAUGACUAAUCAAAUAUGGCUGUACGGAACAGCUUGGUGUGACCUCUGGCAUUCUUUAGACGUUUUAGCUUCGUCUGCUUCCAUUUUAAAUUUGUGUGUGAUCUCGUUAGAUAGAUACUGGGCAAUAACAGAUCCCAUCGCUUACCCUUCUAAAAUGUCCAGUUGUAAAGUGUGUUUAUUAAUAACAUUAGUGUGGCUGUGUUCAGCCGGUAUAUCGUUCCCAGCAAUAGCAUGGUGGAAAGCCGUCACUCCGUCAGAUCUUCCCGAACAUAAGUGCCUUUUUACAGAAGAUACAGCUUAUCUGAUUUUCUCUUCUUUAGUAUCGUUUUAUUUUCCAACCAUAAUAAUGAUGUUCGUGUAUUGUAAGAUUUAUCGAGCUGCUGCAGCACAAACUAAAGGACUCAAAUCAGGAUGUAAAGUCACCUCCAAUGGUUUACGUGGAGACGGUGAGGUGAUGACGUUGCGUAUGCACCGAGGUGGUAUGCGGCGUCUUCAUGAUGAAUAUAAUUUCCCCUCUGCCAGUGAAAGUGACGAGAGUCCCGCGCAUCCUUUACAAAACCACGAAAAUAAAGAAAAUGGACAAAGCCACCAUGCUAAUAGACAACAUGGAAAGUUUCUGACUAAAAGACUUAGAAAUUUUGCGAUAAGUAAAAAAUUAAGUAAAAUAGCUCGCGAACAAAAAGCUGCGAAAACUCUGGGAAUAGUAGUCGGUGUAUUUAUUAUGUGUUGGCUUCCAUUUUUUAUUUCUAAUGUGUUAUUUGGAAUAUGUAAUUCGUGUAUAUCCUCGCCCGAUUUGAUAUUUUCAAUAUUUACAUGGCUCGGUUACAUAAACUCGGGGGUUAACCCCAUUAUAUAUGCAUUAUCAAUGCGGGACUUCAGACGCGCAUUUGGAAAAAUGUUAUUUGUAUGUUGCCCGAAGUUUAGGGUUAAAAAUCGACGUCGACACACUAAUCAGGGUAGUAUGUCAAGUUCAAGUUUUUCUGUGAAUUGUGGAGACAGAUGCGUAGCUUUGAAAAUUUAA